UCAUCCCAUCCACGUUUCUCAUUUAGAGGGACUCUGUUAAUUCAGUCAGUCCAGUUUUCUUGUGGGAGAGGACCAGGACACCCCUCCUUCCUACUGAAAUAUCACAUCGAACCAUAACAAGAUGGCCUCCAUGUCGGUGGACCCGGUGACAGAGCCACGCAUGUAUCAGCAAACGCUUCUACAAGAUGGACUUUGUGAUCUCCUAGAAACCAACAAGUUUGUGGACUGUGUUCUGAAGAUCAAAGACAGGGAGUUUCCAUGCCAUCGGCUAGUGCUAGCAGCGAGCAGCCCUUACUUCAAAGCCAUGUUCCUGUCAGACCUGGAGGAGAGCAAAAAGCGUGAGAUUGUUCUAAAAGACAUCGAGCCUGGAGUUAUGGGAAUGAUCUUGAGGUACAUAUACACCUCGGACAUCAAUCUUACUGAGCAGAACGUCCAGGACAUCUUCAUUGCGGCCAACAUGUACCAGAUUCCGUCCAUCUUCAGUGUGUGCGUGUCAUAUCUGAAGCAGAAGCUGGUUCUCAGUAACUGUCUUGCCAUUUUAAGACUAGGAUUGUUACUGGACUGCCCACGUUUGGCCAUGGACGCACGGGAUUUCAUCUGUGACCGCUAUCAGCUCAUCAUCCGAGACCAGGACUUCAAUCAGCUGGGUCCCAGCGAGCUGGCUGCUAUCAUCACAUGCGACUCUUUGAACGUGGAACGAGAAGAGGUGGUGUUCGAGUCUUUGAUGGACUGGGUUGAGUGCGACACGGCGGAAAGGCUAAAGGACCUGCCAGAACUUCUACACUGCGUACGUUUCCGUCUCAUGCCGACGAGUUACUUUAAAGAGAAAGUUGAAAGUCAUAGACUGAUCAGGACGAAUCACGAGCUCAAGAAGGAGCUUCAGCUUAUCAAGGAUGCACAGAGAGGAGUGCUACACAGGGUCAAAAGGUCACAAAAAGGAAAGAAAAAGGAAGGAGCGACGACAGAUUCUGAGGACGAGGAUGAGGAGGGUCUGCUGCCGGGGAUCCUAAAUGACAACCCACGUUUCGGAAUGUUUCAAACGGACCUUAUAUUAAUGAUCAGCGACACGGGAACUGUGGCGUACGACCCUGGCUCAAAUGAGUGUUUUGUGGCAUCUGCAUCCACCGAGAUCCCUAAAAACCACUGCAGUCUUGUCACAAAGGAGAAUCAGAUCUUUGUUUCUGGAGGUCUCAUGUAUAAUGAGGAAGAUAAAGAUGUGCCUUUCAGUUCAUACUUCCUACAGUUUGAUCCUAUGAGCUCAGAAUGGCUGGGGAUGCCCUCAUUACCAAACCCUCGCUGCCUGUUUGGGUUGGCUGAUGCUGAGAACUCCAUCUAUGUGGUUGGAGGCAAAGAACUAAAGGAGGGAGAACGUGCUCUAGAUUCAGUCAUGAUCUACGACAGACAAUCGUUCAAAUGGGGAGAGUCUGACCCUCUUCCCUAUGCAGUGUAUGGACAUGGGACCAUUUCACAUAAAGGGUUGCUCUAUGUGAUCGGUGGAAAAACAGAGAGCAAGAAAUGUCUAAGGAGGGUGUGUGUCUACGAUCCCAGCAAAUUUGAAUGGAGAGAUCUGGCACCCAUGAAAACUGCCCGCUCACUGUUUGGCACUGCUGUCCUUAAAGACAAAAUCUAUGUGGUCACUGGAGUCACCGACACCGGUCUUACCAGCAGUGUUGAGGUCUAUGACAUUGCCAGUAAAACCUGGUCAGAGUUUGUGGAGUUCCCUCAGGAAAGGAGCUCUCUUAACCUGAUCCAACUGGGCGGCUGCUUAUAUGCUGUGGGGGGUUUUGCUAUGAUGCCCAAUGAGACAACAGAAAAACUGGAGCCCACUGAGAUGAACGACAUAUGGAGGUUUGAUGAAGAGGAGAACUGUUGGAAUGGGAUCCUGAGGCAGGUAUGCUAUGCUGCUGGGGCCACAGUGCUGGGUGUGCAUCUGAACACCUUGAGACUCACUAAAAUGUGAUCUACGGGCCUCAUCUACAGGCAAAACCACAUCAGCUGUAUGAUACAGACGACAUGCAAAACAUUAAGACCCCGUAUUCAUGGAACAAUACUCUUUAAAUAUCUUUGUCUCUUAAAGAAUAGUUCAUUUGUGAUUGAUCCAAAGCUAAGUGGUGUGUCUGGAUCUUGUGGAAGUGGGUUGGUCUGUCUACAACAGUUAUGCAAUUCUUUAAAAAAAAAAAUCUGUUUCCAAGACAUCUCAGCAGAUGGAGACAAAAGACAGGACCAUUUUUUUCAUAGAAACAUUUUAAGUCAUGACUGGAUAACUGCUGGAUAAUUUGAGUUUGUUUACUUUAUAUAUCUAUGUACAUUGAUUGUUAUCAUUCUAUGAUAUGUUAUAUUUCAGAUGACAUCUACAGUUUAACAUUUUGCUAUUAUGACCAAGUACAAUGUUUUAACAUUAGGAAAGGAGAGAAAUAAAUGAAAGGGAUUGCAACACAACAAUGACCAAAGUAAAAUGAAAACAAAUAACAUACAAAUCAGUGUUGACUAUAGGCAAUAAUGAAAAGGUCAAAUAAUGGUUAUAGAUAAUAAAUUUGUGAUAUAACACUGAAACUAUAAAGGACACUACACAGAAUAAUAGAGCAUAGGAAUACCAUAUGAAGAUCUAGCCUUUUUUAAAGGGGUGGUGCAACGGUGUGUCAUGCAUUCUGACUUCUUUACAAUAUUAAACGUGCUGUCUUCUCAUGCUUUAUAUGAUCAACUUGUCAAAAAACGAGUUGGGUGUAUUACGUAGUAUUUCUGUGCUCACACUCCCCCAGCGAUCGUACAGGUUUCUGAAAGUUUUUUUCGAACAUAUAAAACGGUUUCGUAACAAUUUUUCUUAGUCCCUUAUUGGACAAUUCUCCCGGAAAAGCACGUGGCAGCAAGGAGAGCAGGAGAAGGAGCAUGCGCAGACGUCACUUUCACUUGUGUGCAGGAGAGAGAGAGCAUACGUUCACGAAGUUCAGGUGUUUGCUUGUUCACUGCAUUUGGGUGAUGAAUGUUAUAAAAACGGUGGAUAUAACGCUGGAUUUGGAGAUCGUUUAAAAUUGAUGUACUGUAUGGAGCCGUCCCAGCGCUAAAAGAUGCCGGACAUGAACCGCAUGCGGUGAGUGAAACUGAUGUCUGUGUUUUGUUGGCAAUGGGUGCACACGUGCUUUAGUUCAGCCUACCCCUCCUCCCUGCACGCGCCGUAUGCUCUUGGAAAUAAUCGUACAGCUGUAUCUAUCUUUUAUAAAUGUGAUCAAACUAAAUACUCUUCAAAGAUUCGAAGUAUGCAAUACUACUCUAUAGAUACUCAAGAUUAAUAUGAGAUUGGCAGAAACCACGUGUGUUAGGGCCGCUUUAAUACAUUUGCACUUUCCAUUGACAGCUCGACAGCCAGUCCCUUUUCAAUAAAAUGAAUGUAGGGCACAGUUUUGUGUUGCUGUUACCAUUACAUGCUAGAGUAGCAUUGAACACAAGUUUUCCAUCAUGAUUAAUAAACAGCUAAUGCAAAAGCAAAGACAUAAAUACUUUUGUCAACUAAAUGAAUAGUAAAAAUGUAUCUCUUGUUUUGAAACAUUGUGCUUACAAUAUAAUCUUAAAGGGACACUUCAACCAAAAUAAAAAUUCUGUCAUCUUUCACUCACCCUUAGAUUGUUCCAAACCUGUAUAAAUUUCUUUGUUCUGCUGAACACACAGGAAGAUAUCUGGAAGAUUGUCAAAUCUCACCCCAAGUAUUUAUUUUCCCUACUAUGGCAGUAAAUGGUGGGUGAGAUCUGACAUUCUUCCAAAUUUCUUCCUGUGUGUUCAGCAAGACAAAGAUUUAUACAGGUUUGGAACAAUUUAAGGGUGAGUAAUGACUACAGAAUUUUCAUUUUGGGUGAAGUAGCCUAUCCCUUUAACAAUUUAACAGCAAAUGUUAAACACUGGACAUUUUAAACAUUUUCUCAAUUGAUUAUUUUUUUGCUAUGUAAACAUCUUAGAAGUACAACAGAGACUGUAAGUUCUCUCUGUUCAAAAAAGUGUACAAAUGACCAGAUAAAAAUGACAAAAAAAUGGACUUUAAUUCGUAACAUUAGUCUCCCUUUGACACUUUGUGAUGUAUAUCAAAUUGUGGACAGUAUUUGCUUUUUUUAAAGAUUUAUACAACAAAAAAGUGUCACGUGAUUUACCUUUCUGUUGUCUAACAGAAUUACCAUGAUAUGAACAUCAGCCGAAACGCAUUCAUGAUUUUGGACUCCACCAACAGCGUACAAUUUUAAGUUUUGUAGCAUAACCAUAGUCAUAAAUUGUUGACUCCUAAAUGACCAGCUUCACAAGCUGCUAAAACAUAUAAUGUAUAGUAAUGCACAGUUAGAGAAUAAGAAAUAGACAAUUAGUAGACACCUAUUAUUAAGGUGCUUCAAUAUACACACAAAAAAAAUAUGUAAAUGUGUUAUAAAAUAGAUAAACUGCAGACAACAAAGGUUUCUGAAGCCCAUCACGCAAGCCAGUAAAGUGCCAGAUUUGAAAUACUGACUCACUGCAAAAAAUGACUUUCUUAGUCUUUUUUUCUUGU